AUGGCAGCAGCCAGAGCAGGCCUCCACCCCCUGCUGGGGACAUGGGUGGCCAAGGUCCUGUUCAGGGCCAAGCCCAGCACCAUGACCUCAGCUCAGUGGUCUGAAACCCAGCACAUGCAGUCCAAGCCCCAGGGAUGUAACAGAGUGGGCAACAUCAACAAGGACCCCAGAUGCUGCAAAGACCUCAACACCUUCCUGCACGAAUCCUCCCCUGGUGUGGCCAAAGCCUGUCAGACCCCAAUCAUUGCUUGCAAGAGUGGCCAUGAAAACUGCCACCAGAGCCAAGGGCCUGUGUCCCUGACCACGUGUGAGCUCACCUCGGGGAGGUACCCAGACUGCAGGUACAAAGAGAGCACCUAG